UUGAUCAGUCACGAGUGCGGAAGUAUUCAACUAUUAGCGUUAGCCACCCUACCGCAUCAUCAGAAACAGAAAGAGCUCAACAAAUCCUCACAAACAUCAGAAAUAUGGCACUGAACCGCAAUCAUUCUCAGCAGGGAGGGGUCCUCAUUGAUAACAGCGAGAGUGUGCUGAGAGACUGUAAGAAUGUGGAGCUGUCCUUCAGUGAUGCCACGCACAAGAGUGAUGUUUUCAAAGGAACCAAGAAAGGCUCUGUGUAUCUCACACCAUACAGGAUGGUGUUUGUGAGCAGUAAUCUGAAGGAUAAAUUCUGUUCCUUCAUGUUCCCAUAUUAUCUCAUGAAAAACUGCAGCAUUGAGCAGCCUGUAUUUGCCGCAAAUUACAUCCAAGGCACCAUCAAAGCAGAGCCUGGCGGUGGUUGGGAAGGCCAGGCCAACUUUAAACUGUCUUUCCACAGUGGGGGUGCUAUAGAGCUGGGCCAGCACCUCUUUAAACUGGCCUCCAAUGCAUCGCGGGCUCCAUCACAGGCCGGUGUGGGAGCAUAUGGUCCUGCUGGAUUUAUGAAUGGUUAUGCCAGUCCAGCCAUGCCACAGCCGUAUCCAUACACACCCCAACCAUACUCAUAUGCACCACAGCCUGCCUACAACCCAUACGCUUACCCAGCUACUGCACCAGGAAUGAACCCCACUGCCCCGCCCUAUAUGGCUCCACCUCCUCCUUACCCUGGCCCCCCCCAGAACUGGAAUGCGCCAGUCGCUCCAGGUAAUGCUAAAGCACAAGAAGCGGCUGGUAGCGCCUACUACAACCCCACCAACCCCCACAAUGUCUACAUGCCAAUGGAUCAGCCUCCUCCUUACUAUCCUCCUCAGAAUCAGCCAGACAAGAAAAACAACUGAAGUCUCUGAGCCCACUUACAUUAUUAUUAUUAUUAUUAUUAUUAUUAUUAUUAUUGUUGCUCUUGGCUAUCACAGAUUCCUGUGAUGCUUGUAUUCAGGCAUUAGGAGUUGCUGAAUGUUUGAAUCAGAGUAAUCAUACAAAAUGGGUUUGAGUUGGUUUCUGUGUGUGUGUGUGUGUGUGUGUGUGUGUGUGUGUGUGUGUGUGUCCCAUCCCUUGGUAUUGAAGUGCUUCAUCCUCUUUUGUUCUCUGUAGGCUUGUACACUCUUUCCUUUAUUGGGGAGAAAGAGAGAAGGAUAGAUUGCGUGUGUGUGGGUUUGUGAGAUAGCUAUGAGGGUGCUUUUGGAAUGUAGAAGCUGGAGUUUUUAAUCGCAGUUAUAAGCAAUGAGACAGAAAGAUGUAAUUAAGAUGUUGUGGAUAUAAUUAUUUAGCAUGUAAUCUUAACAGUGAAUGAAGAGUUCUUAUUAAUAAUGUUAAAUUUCUACUUUUGCUAACAGACGCAUUCACCUGGAGAAGGUGUGUUGGGGGUUAUGCACUGUGUGCGUGUUUGUGUGUGUGAGAGAGUGAGUGAGUUAAUGGUUUGGUAUUAAAUGGUCAGAAGGGCUGUAAAUCUCUAACCUCACAACGAUUUAAUUUGUUUACGAUUCUUUAGGAAACACUUUAUGCAUCAUGACAUUUCACAUUUCAACAGGAGUUGUGAUUGUGAGAAAUAUAAACAGUAAAAACAAUACACCUAUCUUUUUACAACUCAAAGCUCAAAAACCUUAUUCUGGCAAAAACAUACUGCAUUCAAUUAUUAUAAGCAUUAUAACUGAUACUAACAUUUCUGUGUAUUUGCAAUUAAAUCACCACUUUCAGAUCGAUGGAUUUUUCCAUGUACAGGCUUAUGUACUGCAGGACAUUAUUGUGAUGUAACUGAACCCAGAAAUGAGCAUUUAGGCUAGUCACGUUACCAGGCUGAAAUGGCACAAAUCCGAUUUUUUGGCUUAAUAUGGCAGAUCAGAUUUUUUCAGCAUUAUUGGAAUUUGUUAUAUCAUGUUGUUUUUUCACUGCGCAUAUACCAUCUUUCAGUGUUAAUGUGGCAGCAGUGCCUAACCUGAAGUUAGUCAGUAAAGUGUGAAAUCAAAGCACCUGACCAUUUUUCAUCUUCAACCUGCUCUAUUAAUAAACAGCUAAAAACUGGUCAGAAUAAAUCAUCUUUGCUUCUGCUGGUUUGUUUGUUGUUCAUAAUGCAUGUGGUUCAUUUGCCCAAUGUUGUUCAUUAGGAUUUGCUCAUGCGGGCUGUUUAAGCACACAGGUUUGUUCACAUCAGUGACAGAUUUGAUACCUACACCAAUGAACCAUCAAGUUAGGAGUGGAAUUGAGCAGUGAGGCUUGUAAUGUGAACGUAGCCUUAUAUUAGCAGUGAUCCUGCCAAUGCCGUUUCCUGCUAUAGGUGGUUUAGCUCCACAGGGUUGCCAGGUGGCCCCAAGUAUGUCAUUUCUGAAGUGUAUUCAAUAUUGCUUGCAGAAAAAGCACAGUGAGUCCAAAGAUUUCUUCAUUUUUCCCUGUUCAGAAUUAAGUAAUAAUCCUUGUUCUGGUGGAGCUGACCUCAAAUAAUAUGUGGCUUGGGGGUCUUCCAAAGUGAGUUGGGUAGUCAGUGAGCUUGGGGUGUGUGUGUGUGUGUGUGUGUGUGUGUGUGUGUAUGUGUGGUUGGUUGAGAAUGUACUAUGGUGUACAGUGUACCCCCCCACACACCUUCCUCCUUCCUUUCCUUAGACUUUAGUGUUUCCUUUCUAUGAUAUGAUUUCUAACUGUUGAAUAUUAUAUUACUUAAUAAUAAUAAAUAAAUAUGAAACUCGG